AUGGGUCCCAAAAUCAUCCUAGAUGCGCUAACCAGUACCGCGAAGACUGCGAACUUCGCCCAGAUAUUGUUGGUUCUCCCCUUGACGCUCUCGACGCUCUCCAAACCGGCUUUCUUACUGUUGUCCCUGCUGCUGUUCGCGGAAUCAAUCGUCCAUGGCACCUUCCUCCUCUUCUUCCCAAACACCUCCGCCUUCCACUUCACCCAACUACCCUCGCACGCGCUCCUCCUACUUCUAUGCUUCAACGUCUUCGCUCAAUCCGUCCACCCAAUAAUCCUAUCCGCUGCCGACUGGUGGGGUGCGAUCCUAAACUGGUCAAGCCCGUUCUUCAUCUUCCUCGAGGGGAUAUCUACGCUCCUGGUAGCGCAACGGAUGGGGCAAGCGGGAAGGUCGCUCAUUGAGGCCGACGAUUCGUACCAAUUCAUCUUCCUCUUCACGAGUGCAGCGACAUAUGUCGUAUCGUGCGCGUGGAUCGUCAUCGCAUAUCCUGAUGCAGCGAAUUCGCCCCUAUCAUCCACUCUCCUUGGUGUGGCAAUGACAUGCCUCGUAUUCUUGACCGUCAUUGGCCUUAUCCUCCGACGCACCACGAUAAUCGAGUCAUCUGCUCUCACCCUCUUCGUAGCCUACAACGUCUGGCUCUGCGGCUUCUCCAAGGAUUCGCUGUCCGGCAUAGUGGGCUUCACAUCCUACGCAUCCUACGCGCCAUUAUUCGAGAAUCUCCUGCCACACUUGACAACACUGGCGAACUUCAUCACGAAUACCAUGCCGAAGCAUGUGCUGGUGUCAUUGAUAUACCGGAUUUCCAUCCUGCUGGGAGCGGCGAGGAUCCUUCCGAGUAUCGGAGCAGACUCGAGCUGGGAACUGGCAGUAGACGACGCGGACGCUCGACCGACGUCCAGACUAGCGCAUAUACUUCUGAUCUACCGACAAGCCAUCCUCGUCACCGUAUACUCCCACCUCCUCCUCCUGGACGAGUCUUCGCACUCGUGGUGGCGGUGGAUGAGCGUCUUCGUUACAUUAUUCUUAUGGGGUCUCGAGCUGUUCGUCACGGAUGAGGACGACAUCACUAAGGACUGGAAAGUGGACUAA